UCCUAUUAGAAACAAUAGAGAAGAAUGGCAAUUAUUUUAAAUGGCGGAUUUUUGCCGCUUUUUUAUGGCGGCAGGGGAGGUUGGCAGUCAUGUUACUGUGGAUCGUUUACGUGUGUUAUUAUCGCAAGAACGUGAAUCCUUCCGUGUCUGCCUGCAGACUCUUAGCCACUUGCUUGGUUUAAAGUUGAACGAACUUAUAAACUUCGAUCGCAGUCAGGUUAUGAAGGAUGAUGUCGUCUCUAUAUAUUUAUCUGGCGAGCUCCCUGAGAGUGUCAUUGGACUUCUGGACGAUGUUGAUGCUACGCCUGCUCGUAGGCAUGCUUUAGCAUUGCAGGUUGGGAAGUUACUCAAAGCUAGGCUGCGUUAUGGUCUUAAUGAUGUUGUUCAAGCCUUGGAUGGAGCGCCUGCCAAGGACUUGUAUAGUAGAAGCAUUGCUUGUUUGUUACGUAUCACUAUGUGCGCUUUAAAGGUUGAGUGCAACGUGCGUCGCAGCAAUGUCGUUGACGUGGGUAAAUACAUGCUAGAUGAGAGUGGCGCGUCAUUAUGUGAAGUUUUGAGUCGUUGUUCUGUUAUGCUCUGUAUCUUUGCUGCUGAGGAGUCCAACCUUUUUGAUAGUGUCAAGGAGGUACAGGAAACACUUUUGGGUUUGGUUCCUGGGCCUUUGAUGCUUCAUAUAAUAGGUGCAUUCCCAGUAAUUGCUUUUGACAAUGAGUGUCUAUUUUCGUUGCAGAACCGGCGUGUUUUUGUCGAAUCGUUAUCUAGCAUUCUACCUGAUUUAUUAGAUCACAUAUUAAUAUUUAAUCGCAUGGGUGUUCCCGGAAGUUCUCGUAAGCGUGAUGUUCGUAAGAAUAUGAUGGAAGUCGGAAAGCCCUCAUCUGUUCACGUUUCCUGCGAAGGUUCAUCAGGUGCGUCUACUACAUUAGAAGAUGUUGUAUCCGAUGAACAUAAUUGUAAUCUUAAGAAUGAUAUACAUAUAGAUCGCACCGCUGAUGGAAAGUUAAUAGACGACAACAUGUUGGUUGUCACUCCGAUUGACAGUAGCGAUUGGGAGUUUGCAUUCGGUAAUGUGCCUAGAGUACGUACACUGUCUUUACUUUUGGAGUUCAUCAUCAAAUUUUCUCGUGUUGAUAGUGACGGCACUGUUAACAAGCACACUCUUGGGUGGCUUGAUACAUUGGUGUCUAAGCCUAGCUUUCUACAGACAUUUGCUCCUAUAUUUUCAACUGGUGACACAAGUAACUUUGGCAGAGUGCUCGAGUUAUCCCGCAUGUUACGUAGGGAUGUUUUCGUAUCACAUCACAUAUUAGUCAUUGGUAACUACAGUGACCAAGUUCUUGGUAUGACCCUUGAGGCUGGCAUCGACAUACUCACAGCGGAUGAUACAUACGCGCCUCGUAUUUUAUCAUUUUUGGUUGAAGGUAUUGAACAUCGUCCUCGUGAGGUAAUUGAAUGCUGGUGUUCUUUGUUAACUCCUUUGGUUCUAUAUAGUGCUGGCGAUAAUGGAGUACGCUUCGCUGAUGGUGUGGCUGCUACUCAAGUUCUUCGUGUUGCUGAGAAUUUAUUUGACAGUGUCUCUAGUCACGCUCUUAUGCAGAAUUUUGGGGAUGAGUGUCAUCCUGAUGAGGAUAAUGUCAAUGCUUGCACCGCUCGUCAGUUAAUGGUUCUUUUAACUGAUAUAAUGGGUAAUAAGCGUGUAUCGGAGUUGCUGUCAACAGCGAUCAAUGCUGCUCAUGAGGCUAUACAGCAAGAAAUUAGUUUAGAAUCAGUACAAACUUUAGAGUUCGCUGUGUUUUGUUUAUGGUUGAUUCGUAUGCCAGACAAUGCUAGCAGUCAAAAGGACGUCUUCUCUUAUGUGCAUCAGGUAAAUGAACGUACAUUGCAGACUACGAUUCAAAUUUACGAGAUGGCCCGUGCAUAUGAAGGUCCUAAACGCCGUGUAGAUGCUUUAGAGAAGAUAAAGAAGGGUAUUCGCGCUAGCAGGUUACGUAACAUGGUUGAUAAUAGUGAGCCUUGGUUUGAAGAUCAGCAAAUAAACGCAGUAACGAAAGAGGAUUGGGAAGUUUACUAUCGUGAUUUUGCUGAUUGUAUAAAGGAUCAGUUAACAAAUGCCGUGCUACACCGUAUGCCUGAUAUGUUACCUGAUGGUUCUCAUUCAUCAACGGGACAGCCUUCCAUUCCACGGCAUAGUAAGGGUGGGCGUAAACUUCGCCGGGGGUUCCGUAAAGGGACACCGUGUAAUAAACAGGGUGAACCUCUUAUUACUCCAUUGGAGUAUACCCGUCGUGCUAAGUUGUUAAUGCGGAUAUACAAGUUGAUGGGCAUUGAAGGCAUUUCCGAUGAUAUAUGUGCUACCAUUUUGUCUGUUAUGGCUCACUCUACGCUACCAUUUGAUGAAUGUAGGUCAGUGUUUGAUUUACUGCUGGAACGUUGUUCACCUGAGAUACUACACAAGGUGCACGAGAGUGGUCAAUAUAACUUGAUAUUAGCUAUGUUCAAGUCAAUGUCAUCUAACUUGGACCCUCGAUUUAUCAGAUUGCUACCUGAAAUGAUGAAUACGGCUGUGUCUCGUUGCGAAUUUGAUGGCGAUACGCGUGGUUUGCUUGGCCUCAUGGAGGUCCUAACGAGUGCUGUUGCUGCUCACUAUCCACUUGCUGACUUAAUGGAGGUUAUCAACGCCGUCGCUAUACUUCAACGCUUCGUAGUAUUUGUAAACUGUAUUGCUGUUGAUUCAUCUGAGUUUUUGGAGGUCCGUGGUCGUAUGAAUAUGACUCUUAUAGAGAGAUAUGUAAAACUGGGUACUGCACGUAUGGGAGUACAUAUAGAACAGCAUGUUCACGACCAGCUAAAACAGAUAAUGUUAUCGCACGCUGCUGAAUUUAGGAUAUCACUGAACAAUGGUACUGUUGGACAGCCCGCUGCUUAUGCUGCAAGGGGGGAGCUGAACACUCUUGACAUGUUGGUGUUCAGUACUUUCCAGAUUUUUUUUACCCGCUCUACUACUCGAAAUAUUGAUAUAAACACUCGAGAGGGGGGUUUGAGUGACGUAUUCCACUGGAACUUGCUAGGCAGGGAGUAUGCAAUUGCUUUUAAGACAGUGUCAUUGGUGUUUAGUUGUUUUAGUCAGCUGUCUAAUACGAAGUUGAUGUUUAUUUUUGAACAUUUUGUGGGCCUUGCCGCUCGCAUUAACAGCGACGCUCAUUCUACUGCUCGGCGUAAGAUGUUAACUGAUGACUGUUUAUUGAAGCCUGAGGCUAUUGAAUACCUUUAUCAGGUACAUUGCCAGCUUUCUAAGAGUUCAACCACAGUGCGUAUAGCACUUUCCUAGCGAAUUGUCAUCACUAAUAAUGCUCUAUAUAUCUUUUC